AUGCGGAAAUACUACGUCUUGAGCACAAAGCAAUUGACACCGAUCCUCUCAAUUCUUCUCGUUCACGAUCUUCUAUUGGCGAAACGAGGUAUCGCUCUUCCAGCGACCCAUGGAUUGCGGACCAGCGUCGAGCGGCAUAAGGGUAGACUUCACGCCGAGUUUGUGAAGGCUCGGGUCAGGAGGAAGGUCAGCUCCGUGGAAGCGUUCAAGGCUUUUGUCGAGGGAGGGUUGGAGAAUGGUUCAGAUACUUCGGAUGCGCCAUAUCCACGCUGGGUCCGGAUCAACACCUUAAAGACAUCACUGGAGGAACAACUGGAGACGACUUUUGCUGGAAUGGAGCGUGCUACAUCAAUUGCGGCCGUACGAAAGCGGGGAGCUAAGCGGCUAUUCAUAGAUGGCAAUAUCCCAAAUUUGGUUGCUGUUUCACCAAAUGUUGAUCUUUCCAAGAGCGAUGCAUACAAAGCUGGGUGCAUCAUAUUUCAAGAUAAGGCAUCUUGCUUUCCAGCGUAUUUGCUCGAUCCUCUACCUCAAGAUGGCAACAUUAUCGACACAUGCUCCGCUCCGGGCAACAAGACAACACAUCUUGCUGCAAUUGUCAUGGAACAUAGCUCAGAGCCCGACGAGUGCUCACAAACUAUCCACGCCUUUGAGAAGAAUAAAGGAAGAGCCGAAACGCUGGAGAAGAUGAUCAACCUGGCCGGUUCACACACUUUCACCAAGCUUCACCCGGGACAUGAUUUUUUGAAAUCAGACCCAAAGUCCUCCGCCUUCAAGAAGGUAGGAGCUCUUCUCCUCGAUCCCAGUUGCUCUGGAAGCGGAAUUAUCGGCCGAGACGAUAUGCCAGAACUACACCUCCCUGUCCUUAAACAAGCAGCACCAAAACAUGGAUCACGCCCUCCUAAAAGAAGUGCGAAGCCCUCAUCUACAAAGGCACCGGAAACAACAGCCGAGACGAGGAAGAGAAAGCGUGAGGACCACGAUGCCUCAAUGGAUGUCAUGGUCGACGAUGAUGGAGAAGUUACAGCUAUUAAUUCGGAGGAUGAGCUGAAGAAUCGCUUGGAAGCUCUUUCCAAUUUUCAACUGGAGCUUCUUCUUCAUGCAUUCAAAUUUCCAGCAGCCCAGAAGAUUACGUACUCAACCUGUUCGCUCCAUGCCGAGGAGAACGAGAAUGUCGUUCAGAAAGCCCUGGAGCACCCAGUUGCUAAGCAAGCUGGCUGGCGAAUUCUUAAGCGUGACGAGCAGAUCAGAGGUAUGAAGGAGUGGCCUGUUCGAGGAUCUCGAGAAGCCUGUGCGGUCAAUCAAGAGCUGGCAGAGAGCUGCAUCAGAGCGAACAAAGAUGACGAGCAUGGCACAAUGGGAUUCUUUCUGGCAGGGUUCAUUAGAGAUUCGAGCUCAACGGUCGAGAUACACACUAAGCUCCUUCGGGAUGAGCGUGGUCAUCUUAUCCGAGAUGUUAUGGGCUUCCCUGUCCUAGAGGAUUCGCAGGAUAUGGAGAUGGUAGGUUUCGAAGAAGGCCCGGAGGUUGAGGUCCCUGAGGGAGACCAUGAGUGGGUCGGCUUUGAGGAGGAGGAAGAGAACUCAAAAACGAUCACACAUGCUAAGGCAAAUAAGUUACCCGCUCCAUCAGCGGAGAAGUCCUCAAAACCCACGAAAGCCCCUGUAAACAAACACGCUCAUAGUGCCCUGAAGAAGCGCACGCAGCUUGUCAGGCCAGACAAAAAGAGAAAGAAAGCAAAGUAG